AUGGGUUCUCGCAAAGCCUUCCUCUUCUCUCCGUCCCUCCUGUGGAGUCAAACUAGAGGACUGAGGUUGAUGUUCCUGUUACUAACCCUGCAUUUGGGAAACUGCGUUGAUAAAGCAGACGAUGAAGAUGAUGAAGAUUUAACUAUGAAUAAAACAUGGGUCUUGGCACCAAAAAUUCAUGAAGGAGACAUCACACAAAUUCUCAACUCAUUACUUCAAGGGUAUGAUAACAAACUUCGUCCAGACAUAGGAGUGAGGCCCACAGUAAUUGAAACUGACGUUUAUGUGAACAGCAUUGGGCCAGUUGAUCCCAUAAACAUGGAGUACACCAUAGAUAUAAUUUUUGCCCAAACCUGGUUUGACAGCCGUUUGAAGUUCAACAGCACCAUGAAAGUGCUGAUGCUUAACAGCAACAUGGUGGGGAAGAUCUGGAUUCCUGACACGUUCUUCAGGAACUCCAGGAAGUCUGAUGCGCACUGGAUAACAACGCCCAAUCGCCUGCUGCGGAUUUGGAGUGACGGAAGAGUUCUCUACACUCUGCGAUUAACAAUUAAUGCAGAAUGCUACCUUCAACUUCAUAACUUUCCAAUGGAUGAGCAUUCCUGUCCACUGGAAUUUUCAAGCUAUGGAUACCCUAAAAAUGAAAUUGAGUACAAGUGGAAAAAGCCUUCUGUGGAAGUGGCUGAUCCUAAGUACUGGAGAUUAUAUCAGUUUGCAUUUGUAGGAUUACGAAAUUCAACUGAAAUAUCUCAUACAAUCUCUGGAGAUUAUAUUAUCAUGACAAUAUUUUUUGACCUGAGCAGACGAAUGGGCUAUUUCACGAUUCAGACCUACAUUCCAUGCAUUCUAACAGUUGUUCUUUCUUGGGUUUCUUUUUGGAUCAAUAAAGAUGCAGUACCAGCCAGAACAUCACUGGGUAUCACUACGGUUUUGACUAUGACAACCCUCAGUACAAUUGCCAGGAAAUCUUUACCUAAGGUUUCUUACGUGACAGCAAUGGAUCUCUUUGUCUCUGUUUGUUUUAUUUUUGUGUUUGCAGCACUGAUGGAAUAUGGAACCUUGCAUUAUUUUACUAGCAACAAUAAAGGAAAAACCACCAGAGACAGGAAGCAUAAAAACAGGACUUCGUCUCAUUUAUCAUUUUCUCAGGUAUCCCCAGGUCUCCAUGCUGGAUCUACUCUGAUACCCAUGAACAGUAUUUCUCUGCCUCAAGGGGAAGAUGAUUAUGGCUACCAGUGUUUGGAGGGCAAAGAUUGUGCUAGCUUUUUCUGCUGCUUUGAAGACUGCAGGACAGGGUCCUGGAGGGAAGGACGGAUACACAUACGCAUAGCCAAAAUUGAUUCCUACUCGAGAAUCUUUUUCCCAACAGCUUUUGCCUUGUUCAAUCUGGUUUACUGGGUUGGAUAUCUUUACUUAUAA